CUGUGAUCCUGAGGCAGCAGCAGGCUCACAGGCUGGUCCUCUCGUCUCGUGUCUCGUCUCGUCUCGUCUUCCUCCUCCCCCGCCCCCUGGCACCAACCCGGCCCAACCCCACUCGAGCGAGGCGCGGCGCGGCCAUCAUAACGUCCCCCCUUCACGUUCUUCCGCUCCACUCCAAAUCCUCCUCCCAUUUGAAAACCUCCUCUUUUCUCCUCUCCUCGCCGCAGCUCCCACCAUUCCCGCAGACGGACGCUUUUCCCCUUCCCAGCUUCCCCUGACCACUCCGCAGCAGGCCCGCAAGCCCCGACGCCAGCGGCAUGUCCCCCGCCACCACCCCGUUGCCCGCCCCCGUGGCAGCCCCAGCGUCCAAGGGCGGGAAACGCAGCCUCAUGUCGUCACUCAUGGACGCCACCGCGCUGCUCCGCUCCUCCUCCUUCAAGGAGGACUCGUACGUGGCGGCGGCGCUCCCGGCGUCCGAGCUCCGCGCGCUCGCCGACCUCAAGGCGCUGGUGGCCACCCACCCGGACCCCAUCUCCAUCUGGGGCGUCCCGCUGAAUCCCCACUCCCCUCCUCCCGGCGCGGCGAACGACGACGCCGACGAGCGCGCCGACGUGGUGCUCCUCAAGUUCCUCCGCGCGCGGGACUUCCGCGCGCGCGACGCGCACGCGAUGCUGCUCCGCUGCGCCGCGUGGCGCGCCGAGUUCGGCGCGGACGCGGUGGUGGACGAGGAGCUGGGCUUCAAGGAGCUGGAGGGCGUGGUGGCGUACAUGCACGGGUGGGACCGGGACGGGCACCCCGUGUGCUACAACGCGUACGGCGUGUUCAAGGACAGGGCCAUGUACGAGCGCGCCUUCGGCGACGGCGACCGCCUGGCGCGCUUCCUCCGGUGGCGCGUCCAGGUGAUGGAGCGCGGCGUGCGCGCGCUCACGCUCAGGCCCCGCGGCGUCAACGCCAUCAUACAGGUGACCGACCUGAGGGACAUGCCGAAGCGGGAGCUCAGAGCCGCCAGCAACCAGAUCCUCUCCCUCUUCCAGGACAACUACCCGGAGAUGGUGGCGCGCAAGGUGUUCAUCAACGUGCCGUGGUACUUCUCCGUGCUCUUCUCCAUGGUCUCGCCCUUCCUCACGGAGCGCACCAAGAGCAAGUUCGUCAUCGCUCGCGAGGGCAACGUCGCCGAGACGCUGUACAAGUUCAUCCGGCCGGAGCUGGUGCCGGUGCAGUACGGCGGGCUGAGCCGCGCCGGCGAGCUCGAGAACGGACCGCCGAAGCCGGCGUCCGAGUUCACCAUCAAGGGUGGCGAGAAGGUGUUCCUGGAGAUCGACGGUAUCGAGGCCGGCGCAACGAUAACGUGGGACCUCGUCGUCGGGGGCUGGGACCUGGAGUACGGCGCCGAGUACGUGCCGGCGGCCGACGGCAGCUACACCCUCUGCGUGGAGAAGGCGAGGACGGUCCCGGCCACAACCGCCGACGCCGACGCCGGGCCGCUGCACAACGCCUUCACGGCUCGGGAGGCCGGCAGGAUGGUGCUGUCCAUAGACAACUCCGGUUCCCGGAAGCGGAAGGUCGCCGCCUACCGCUACUUCGUGCGCAAGCCGUCGGCGUAGCGUAGGCCUUGCUGUGCUCGUGGCGGCCGCCGGCGUCUUGCCGGCCGGCCGCGCCAGGGGGGAGGCAAACGUGGAACCACCGGUGAAGUGCCUGCAUGCAUGCUUUGCUUGGGCUUAUAUUUGUCGGACUUGGAGAGGAGAGGUUAAGCUAGGCUAUUUUAUUAUUAGUGCUAUAUAUAACGACAUGCAUGUAUUAUGCCAUGUGUAGAGUAUAAUGUAAGAGAUGUCGAACUUCUGUUUUUUUGUCACCGCCGUUAUAAAGCUGAUGAUGAGCUAAA